AUGGUGUCUUUGUCCUUCACGGCGGCAGUGAGGACUUUUGUCCUCCUGCUCGCCGUCAAUGGCGCCAGGGCCUCACCAGGAUUCAAAAGUUCCGCCUGGCCAAGGUCUGGCUACAACCCCUGCCCUGAGCGAUGUGCCAUCUCCGGCCCCAAACAAGGAAACUGGUCUGUUUACCCCGACUUCCGGCAGAUCAAGAAAUGCAAAGAGGCCAUGUUCUACAGCUUCGGUCUGUACGACCCCGUUGAUGACCGGGAUAUGAAGCACAAGAUUCAUGCUUGCUCGUCCUUUGGUCCUGACUUCUCCACAAUCCCCGCUUCGAACGUCCGGGUUGCUUCCGGGGAAGCCAUCGAUGUUGAGUUCGAGGUGGGCUGGUGGCAGGAAGGGUUUGGCCUUGCAACUUCGGGGCUCCGGUCCCUUGUCAAGCAGAUCCGCCAGUAUGCUGAUAAUGGGCAUGGGGCCACUGAUAGGCCCUUCAUCAUCUAUGGCCAGUCUGGUCAGGCUACUAUCGGUCUCUAUAUUGGCCAGGGUCUGCUGAAUCAAGGCCUCUCGCAAUCGGCCUUAAAGAUGUUUCAAGACAACCUGGGAAAUUUUACCGACACAUCGCCGAGCUUGGCCAUGCAGCUCUGUGAGAAAAACUAUGACAGCGCCCACAUCUUCGGCAUCGUUGGUUCUAGCGACGGACAGUUUACUUCUAUCCAGAAUCGUCUCCAAUCUUGGGCCAAUGGAACGUGCUUGUCGUUCGAGGAGUCUACAAGACUUCCUGGCUCAGCUACCUUCACCACACCACCCAUACAGUCAAAUCGCACCGUCUCCAGUGCCGAAGUCAGCCCAACUUCCGUGGCCACAAAACUUGGUGCCCGUGCUGAAUGCCGCACGAUUCAGGCUGAAUUCGGCACUGCCUGCCCUGAGCUGGCUGUCAUGUGCGGUAUUUCUGCGGCAGACUUUACCAAGUACAACCCAGGGUCUACCUUCUGCUCUGACGGAAGCCCAAGCAGCACGUUUGCUGUUCCGCGGGAACCCUUCCCGAUUUCAGCCCUGACCAAAACGAUGAUGGUUCAUGCUUUUCAAUAUAGUAUCACCAAGGAAGAGAUCCAAGAAUUCAACAAAAACACCUGGGGUUGGAGCAAUUGUGACCCUCUCUUUGCGAAGUCAAUCAUUUGCCUCAGCAAAGGCACUCCGCCGUUCCCUGCCGAGAUCGCAAACGCACAAUGUGGUCCUCAGAAGCCAGGCUCAAAGUCGCCAACCGAUGGCUCCAACAUCACUGACCUCAACCCCUGUCCGCUGAACGCUUGCUGCAACAUUUGGGGGCAAUGCGGGAUCACCAAUGACUUUUGUAUCGACACCAACACCGGUGCCCCAGGAACUGCGAAGAAGGACACCUUCGGCUGCAUCUCCAACUGUGGAACCGAUAUUGAUGCCCUUCAGAUCGACAGCUCCAAGUUUACACACAUUCACUUUGGCUUCGGCACAUUGACGCCUUCCUUUGAUGUCGAGACGGGUGAUAUACGUUCUACCUACAACUUUGGUGAAUUCAAGAAGAUCAAAGACGCAAAGAGGAUGUUGUCAUUUGGUGGCUGGGACUUCUCUACCAUGCCUGACACCUACCAGAUCUUCCGCGACGGAGUCAAGCCCGCGAACCGGCUGUCAAUGGCCCAGAAGAUUGCAGCUUUCAUCAAGGACAAUGACCUUGACGGCGUCGACAUUGACUGGGAGUAUCCCGGCGCUCCUGAUCUCCCAGAUUUCGACCCCGGAACCGAGGAAGAUGGUCCCAAUUACCUCGCUUUCCUUGCCGUUCUCAAGAACCUGUUGCCUGGCAAAACCGUCUCUAUCGCAGCACCUGCCUCGUACUGGUACCUGAAACAGUUUCCCAUCGCGCAAAUCGGCAAACUUGUGGAUUAUAUCGUCUUCAUGACCUAUGAUCUCCACGGUCAGUGGGAUGCCAACAACGGCUAUUCUCAGGAGGGAUGCGAUGACGGCAAUUGUCUGCGCAGUCAGGUCAACCUCACAGAGACUAAGCAGUCAUUGGCCAUGAUUACCAAGGCAGGGGUCCCCAGAAACAAGGUCAUCGUCGGUGUGACCAGCUACGGGCGAAGCUUCAAAAUGGCCGAAGAAGGAUGCUACGGUCCCAACUGCGCGUUCGUCGGUGACCGAUUGAAUUCACAGGCGAAGCCGGGCAGAUGCACGGACACAGCUGGGUACAUCUCCGACGCCGAGAUCAAAGAGAUCUUGAACAGUCCAAAGCGAGCAGUUACCGAAUCAUUUGUCGAUCCUAGCAGCAACAGUGACAUCCUCAUCUAUGAUGGCACGGAGUAUGUUUCCUACAUGGGCUCCGCUAUCAAGGCGACGCGUGCUACUCUCUAUUCAUCAUGGGGUCUGGGAGGCCUCACUGACUGGGCCACUGAUCUUCAGGACUACAAUGAUCCCCCUCUUCCGGCAAAGUCUUGGGACGACGUCUUCAAGCUGAUUGACAACGGGGAGAACCCCAAGGCGGAUCACACGCGAACUGGAAACUGGACCGACUUGGAUUGCAUGCACGAAAUGAUUGUCGAUGCGAAUCAAUACACGCCUUCUGAGAAAGACACGGACAAGAAGAAUGGCAUCACGUUCAUUGAUUCGGCCGCACAAACCCUGACUAUGGUGGAGGGAGCCAACUGUGGAUCUCUUUUGGAAGACAGCUGUGUUGUACAGCCGUGUCCAGCUGGCGCGAACGGCCCGACUUCUGGACCGGCGGCGAUGCUGAUCUGGAAUUCUUUGGUACAGCUUCAUCUCAUCUUCAGGGACUACCACAGACUUAUCGGAGAAGCCGAAGUUGAAGGUGCCCUGUCGCUCCAAGAUCUGGAGAAUAAGUUUGCGCCCAUCCCGCCCGAGGGGGACAACACCUGGAAACUGCUGCUUAUUGAUCUUCUCACUGUUGGAACACUCGGCACGGCAGGACCGAUCUUCAACACGGUCAUCAAGAGACUCCCUUAUUUCCUCGAGAAACCAAGCCAUCUCGAUAAUUAUAAGGAUACUACCAUGAACAUGAUUGGACAGGGUACAACCGUCGCUAAAGACUUGAUCGACAGCCCCCGCUCCCCGUGGACGCCGGAGUCACAGGCUGAGUUCUCAAAUUAUAUGGCACAGGUCGUCACUGGCUGGAAGAACAUGACCUCUUGGUCACUUGGGGAAGAUUUCUCCGGGAAGGAUGAUUCAAUCGAGCGCCUUGGAAAACUCAUCUCCAACGGAAAGCUCGGCAAAGGGAAAUCCGUGUUGUCUUCCGACGAACCGGAUGACAAGCAGGAUUACAACAGCCUGGUGGCCAGCAUCAAGAAGUGCUUCUUCGGGUUUACCAUCCCCGCUCUCUGGCAGGCUUCGAAAUCCUACCCAUUUGUCAUGGGCGCCGGUCAUGAUUGUGGAAGCAAAGAAAUCACCGAUUACCUCACAGAGGACAACAUGGACGCCACAGGUUCCUGUGUCGACGGCAAGCAGUACUACCUCGUAUAUCCAAAGGGUGACUCCGAUGAUUGCAAAGUGAUCUGUUAUGACAAGGGGCCCUGCCAGACCCAGUGCACCAACGCCAAAUUCUCGCCGCUUCCAGGCCUCAGCUACCUCAACGGCACAAGCUACGGUGGCAUCAGCAAGGACGAUCUGAUCAAGGGAUCCGUCCGCACAUGGAUCAAAAACGGAAAAGAAAACGGCGGCAAAACCCCGGAUCCCACCGAUGAGGAGACAAUCGAUAACAUGAUGAACGCGGAUGUCACAACGCCUGGAUACGUGCGAAUCCCCGUCUGCAGUCCCGAGCGCGCCUACAAAUCCUGGGACACGACCAAGGCAGGCUCCAGCGCAAAUUACCCCUGCGACAUCCCGCCGGGCAAAAACACUUGCGGAGACUCGACUUUUGAGAAUGACACCACCGAUGGAUCGCCUCUCGCUGACGACUGUCUUGUCAUUAUCAAGAACUGGGAAGGCGACGGUGGGACAAGCUGGAAGCCCCUCGUUCCUGGCAAGCCGCACCGCGAGCUUGGCAGUUAUGGGACUUGCGCCAUUGGUGUGGAGGCGACCAAGGUCGAUGGCAAUGCGGAUUUUACUGUCGGUGGGCAAGAUGCCAUUGAUCUUAUCAAUGAGUCAAUCAAGCGGUUUAAAUGGGAAGGCAAGGUUGGAGCGAGUGGAACCAUGAAGUGCGAUGGUACCAUCAAGCAGCAGUCAGUUCUUUGGGGCAUCUAUCACACUUGA